GAAGAAGACGCCAUCCACAGGAUCCGUCGCCCGAAGCGUUCCGACUUCCCUUUCUUUCUUUAACUGUCUAUGCUUUUUUCCUGUUCAUUUAACUGUCUAUGUUCCUGUUCUCCGGUUAGCUGUCCCUUCAAAAUGUCUACACUCCACUUACUGAGAACGUACGUCAACCAGCGCCUGACUGUGGCUGUUGAAGAUAUAAUCGAGAUGUUUGAAAGAACCAUUACCGAGUACGAGGAGGAAAUGCAUCGCCAGCGCAGGCUGCUGGGAGCUGAGAAGUCCUGCGGCGUCGAGAGAACGUUCCGCAACCAAUCAGGUGGGUCUCAGGAAAUCCGGCCGCUAGUUGUCAAUCCAAAGGUUCCCCCUGAACAGCAGAAGUGGACCACAGAGCGCAUUAAAGAGGAACCAGAGGAGAUCUGGAUCAGACGGGGGCUUCAGGGGCCGGCCGGGGCUGACAUCCCAGAGUUCCACUUUCCUGCAGUGUCUGCCAAAAGUGAAGAAGAUGAAGAGAUACCUCACUCCUCCUUGCUUCAUCACAGACAAACUGAGGAGGCCAGAGAGGCAGACCCCCCAGCUCAGCAGACAGAAGCCGGGGCCGCUGUGCACCACUGUGAGGCAUCUGAAGCGGCCUUUGGCUUGGAUGAAGCUGGUUUUUUGAAAGCGACAAGCGAUGGCCAGUUUUUCCUUUCGCAGUGUUUUAAAACUGAGACUGAAGUCUUGGACAAUGGCUGGAGGCACAUUAUUGACUCUCAGCCAUUUUCUGACCCACUGGAAAACAACAAAGCCGGGUCUCCUACAAGCGCUCACAGUCAGAAGACAUUCUAUAAAUGUCCGGCGUGUAGCAAGACAUUUAUGCACAACGCGGCUCUGCAGAGACACGUAACAUGCCACACGGGGGAGAGGCCGUUUGACUGUGCUGAGUGUGGUAAGACAUUCAGGCAAAAGGGAAGUUUGCACAUACACAUGAGAAAACACACAGGAGAGAAGCCUUUCUGUUGCCUAGUUUGCGGGAAGAACUUCACCCAGAGUGGAACGUUGGCUGCGCACAUGAGAAUUCAUACCGGAGAGAAGCCUUUCAGCUGCUCUGUGUGUAAGAAAAGGUACAAUGAAAGUGGGACACUGGUCCGACACAUGAGGGUCCACACUGGAGAGAAACCGUUCCCUUGCUCACUGUGUGGUAAAAGGUUCAGUGAGAAAGGGAAUUUAAAUAAACACAGGAGAAUCCACACGGGAGAGAAGCCGUUCGGUUGCACCGCGUGUGAGAAGAACUUCAGUUUGCUGUCACACCUCAAAAAUCACAAAUGUCCUGGUAAAAACAGUGGUGAAACUGUAGAGCAGGCUGAAAUCAUAGACUGUGAAUUAAAUUAAUCACAAUUAGAUAUUUUCCUGAUAUUGUACACCCCUAUUUAGAUUUUUUAUUUUUUAUUUUGUGGUGUUGUAGUUCUUUCUUUCACUAUUCCAGAAAUCAUUCCAUCUAUUUUUGACAAAUAAGACCAACAUGCAACUUAUGUUGUUGCUUUGUUUUUUCAGCUUCCGUGUUAUUGGAGUCUCGUUGGGAUUGUACCACAGACGUGAAACAGAUUGUAAUCUUCUGCUGUGGGGCAUAGCAAGAUUAGCGAUACUUGGAUUGAUAAAAA